CUGGCAGCACGGACUAGCGGGCCAUGGACGAGCCGAGUCUCCUGCGGCGACGCGGGCUCCAGAAGGAGCUGAGCCUGCCACGCCGAGGACGUGGCUGCCGCAGCGGAAACCGCAAAAGCCUGGUGGUAGGAACGCCAUCACCCACCCUUUCCCGGCCCCUGUCACCGCUCUCCGUCCCAACGGCAGGCAGCAGCCCCUUGGACAGUCCUCGGAACUUCUCAGCUGCGUCUGCUCUCAAUUUCCCUUUUGCCCGGAGGGCCGACGGCAGAAGAUGGUCCCUUGCAUCCCUCCCGUCUUCUGGCUAUGGAACCAACACACCCAGCUCCACUGUCUCGUCAAGCUCAUCCUCCCGGGAGCGCCUCCACCAGCUUCCUUUCCAGCCGACACCGGACGAACUGCGCUUCCUGUCCAAGCAUUUCCGCAGCUCCGAGAAUGUGGUUGAUGAGGAGGGUGGCCGUUCCCCACGCCUUCGCCCCCGCUCCCGAAGCCUCAGCCCAGGACGUGCAACAGGGACCUUUGACAACGAGAUCGUCAUGAUGAAUCACGUGUAUCGCGAGAGGUUCCCUAAGGCCACAGCACAGAUGGAGGGCCGGCUGCAGGAGUUUCUCACAGCCUUCGAACCUGGUGACCGGUUGGCUCUGGCUGAUGGUGUCCUGGGCUUCAUCCACCACCAGAUCAUCGAGCUGGCCCGAGACUGCCUGGCCAAGUCUGGAGAGGCGCUUGUCACCUCCCGCUACUUCCUAGAGAUGCAGGAUAAGCUAGAGCGGCUGCUGCAGGAUGCCCAUGAGCGCUCGGACAGUGAGGAGGUGGGCUUCAUCAUCCAGCUGGUCCGGAAGCUGCUGAUAAUUAUCUCACGGCCAGCGAGGCUCCUCGAGUGCCUGGAGUUUGACCCUGAGGAGUUUUAUCACCUGCUGGAGGCUGCUGAGGGCCAGGCUCGUGAGGGACAGGGCAUCAAGACGGACCUGCCGCAGUACAUCAUUGGGCAGCUGGGCCUGGCUAAGGACCCCCUUGAGGAGAUGGUGCCUCUGAGUAAUCUUGAAGAUGGAGGACAGCCCCCAGCACCGGAGUCUCCUGAGAACCGUGCCCUCAUCGGCCCGUCACGGAGGAAGCCAUGUGAAAAUGACUUCGAGACCAUCAAACUUAUUAGCAAUGGGGCCUAUGGGGCUGUCUACCUGGUGCGUCAUCGAGAGACACGGCAGCGCUUCGCCAUCAAGAAGAUCAACAAACAGAACCUGAUGCUGCGCAACCAGAUCCAGCAGGUGUUCGUGGAGCGGGACAUCCUCACCUUUGCCGAGAACCCCUUUGUGGUCAGCAUGUUCUGCUCCUUUGAGACCCGGCGCCAUCUCUGCAUGGUCAUGGAGUAUGUGGAAGGCGGCGACUGUGCCACUCUGCUGAAGAACAUGGGCCCACUGCCCGUGGACAUGGCCCGCAUGUACUUCGCUGAGACGGUGCUGGCGCUCGAGUACCUGCACAACUACGGCAUUGUUCAUCGUGAUCUGAAGCCUGACAACCUGCUCAUCACCUCGCUUGGCCACAUCAAGCUGACCGACUUUGGGCUGUCUAAGAUCGGGCUCAUGAGCAUGGCCACCAACCUGUAUGAGGGGCACAUCGAGAAGGACACGCGGGAGUUUAUAGACAAGCAGGUGUGCGGGACGCCAGAGUACAUUGCACCCGAGGUGAUCUUCCGCCAGGGCUAUGGGAAGCCAGUGGACUGGUGGGCCAUGGGCGUGGUCCUCUACGAGUUUCUGGUGGGCUGUGUGCCAUUUUUUGGAGAUACCCCCGAGGAACUCUUUGGCCAAGUGGUCAGUGAUGAGAUCAUGUGGCCAGAGGGAGACGAUGCUCUUCCAGCCGACGCACAGGACCUCAUCACCAGGCUCCUGCGGCAAAGCCCACUGGACCGUCUGGGCACUGGUGGUACCCACGAGGUAAAGCAGCACCCCUUCUUCCGGACGCUGGACUGGGCAGGGCUUCUGCGACACAAGGCUGAGUUUGUGCCACAGCUGGAAGCCGAGGAUGACACCAGCUAUUUCGACACACGCUCGGAACGUUACCGCCACCUUGGCUCCGAGGACGAGGAAACCAACGAUGAGGAGUCCUCCACAGAGAUCCCACAGUUCUCUUCCUGCUCCCACCGGUUCAGCAAGGUCUACAGCAGCUCCGAGUUCUUGGCUGUCCAACCUACCCCAACCUUUGCUGAAAGGAGCUAUAGUGAGGACCGGGAGGAAGGCUGGGAACACAGUGAGGUGGAUUAUGGCCGCCGGAUGAGCACUGAGAUCAGGCUCAGGCCCUGUGCCUCUUCUGGCUCCUCUUGCCACUCGUCCUCAUCCCAGCCUGAGCGGGGUCCCAGCCCAUCUCUCUUGAACACCAUCAGCUUGGACACGAUGCCCAAGUUUGCCUUUUCAUCAGAGGAUGAGGCGGCCCCUUUGGACUCCAAGAAGCCCAUCUUCAUUCUGGGGGAGCCUGAUCCACCCCCAGCAGCUACCCCAGGAGUGCCCAAGUCCUCAACCCUUUCUGCUGAUACAGCUGCCCUCAGUCACGCACGGCUACGAAGCAACAGCACAGGGGCCCGACACUCCACGCCACGGGUUCUGGAAGCUGGCCGGGGCCGCCGCCUUGGGGGCCCCAGAGACCCAGGCCCUGAGAAGUCCAGAGCCUCUGCCACUGGGGGCCGCGUGCCCAAGUCAGCCUCGGUGUCUGCCCUGUCGCUCAUCAUCACAGCAGAUGAUGGCAGCGGUGGCCCCCUCAUGAGCCCCCUGUCCCCACGUUCACUGUCCUCGAACCCAUCAUCUCGAGAUUCUUCUCCAAGUCGAGACCCGUCCCCAGUGUGUGGCAGCCUGCGGCCCCCCAUUGUCAUCCACAGCUCAGGCAAGAAGUAUGGCUUCAGCCUGCGGGCAAUCCGCGUCUACAUGGGUGACAGCGAUGUCUAUACUGUGCACCACGUGGUCUGGAGUGUGGAAGAGGGAAGCCCUGCCCAGGAGGCGGGCCUGCGAGCGGGGGACCUCAUCACUCACAUCAAUGGGGAGUCCGUCCUGGGGCUGGUGCACAUGGACGUGGUUGAGCUGCUACUGAAGAGCGGCAACAAGAUUGCUCUGCGGACCACUGCCCUGGAGAACACAUCCAUCAAGGUGGGCCCCGCCCGGAAGAAUGUGGCCAAGGGCCGCAUGGCACGCAGAAGCAAGAGGAGUCGCAGGAGGGAGACGCAGGACCGGCGCAAGUCCCUCUUCAAGAAGAUCUCCAAACAGUCGUCAGUGCUGCACACCAGCCGCAGCUUCUCCUCUGGCCUCCACCACUCCCUGUCAUCCAGUGAGAGUCUGCCCGGCUCACCCACCCACAGCCUCUCCCCCAGCCCCACCACACCGUGCCGCAGCCCAGCGCCUGAUGCCCCUGCAGACAGCGCAUCCCCACCCAGUGCAUCCCCAAGCUCCAGCAGUCCUGCCUCUCCUGCCACCGCCAGCCACACCCGCCCUAGCUCCCUGCAUGGCCUGGCUGCCAAACUCGGGCCACCCCGCCCCAAGACCGGCCGCCGCAAGUCUACCAGCAGUAUCCCGCCCUCCCCGCUGGCCUGCCCACCCGUGUCUGCGCCCCCACCCCGCUCACCUUCACCCCUGCCUGGUCACCCACCUGCCCCUGCCCGGUCCCCACGGUUGCGCCGGGGCCAGUCAGCUGACAAGCUGGGUACAGGUGAGCGGCUGGACGGGGAACCAGGACGCCGUGGCCGUGGCCCAGACUCAGAGCUCGUGGUCAUGCGGCGGUUGCAUCUGUCUGAGCGCCGAGACUCCUUCAAGAAGCAGGAGGCUGUGCAGGAGGUGAGCUUUGAUGAGCCACCUGAGGAGGCCACGGGGCUACCUACCUUGGUGCCACAGAUUGCUGUGGAGGGUGCUGAGGCGGUGUCGGGAGCCCUUGGACCUGCUGGAAAAGACUAAUCCCUCCCACUUGAUCUGCAAGUCACACGUUUUUGUGCAAUCGUUUUUCCAAAAAGUGACAAUGGAGACAUAGCCACCAACCUGUGACACCUGGAAGGCAAGAAGCCAUCUUGGUCCUUGCUGGAAGGUGGAGAGAGCACCUCCCUCAUGUUCUGGUGCCCUCAGGAUCUGAAGGGCAGGAAUAGGGGAUAAGGGAGGCCUUGUAAAUAGCAGCAGAUCCCUGCAACUAAUUUAUUACUUUUUAUAAGCGAUAGACUGAGCCACCACUAUGAAGGUGGCUGCCCAGGUCCUGCCUCAUGCACCUGGGACCCCAUUUGCAGACAUCCUACCCCCUGACCCCCACAACCUGGGUUGAGAAGGAAACACUUUGACAAGUCCCUUGUUUUCUGGUCUUUCUGUAUGUUUCGAGUUUUUUGUGUGUUACUUGAUCCCAUUCCCCACCCAUCCGUUCACCUGCCCUUGUCUCGUUUAGCUAUGACUUGAAAAGUCCGUAAAUGAUCCCCUUCCGCCAUAAGAGAAAGUAACUCCAAUGAUGGACUAGAGUCUGAAGGCUGUUUCUUCCCACCAUCAUAGUCUCCACCCCUAGAUCAGCCUUGCUAAAGAGUGCCUGCAGUCUUGUAGGCUUCAUCAUAGAGAAGUGAGUAUGGGAAUCAGGGCUUUGAUAGAUGAAUAGGAGUUCACUGGGUCUAGGCAGAAGGGUCACCCACUGCACUGAGGGACACUGAUGUCCGAGGAGGUGCAGGCUUCAAGGAGCCAUAACUGCCAUAACAGGAGAAUGUCCAUCACAGACAAUAUUUCACAUUUUGAGGAUCACAAGGGUGAACCCUGGGUCAGUGUGUGUCUGAAAUACCCCCUAGGAGUUCCCUCUUGUGUCAGAAUGUCCAUGUAUGAAAUUUGAGUAAGAAAAACAGCUGUCAGGCAGUGAGGCCCAAGUUUGAAUCUUGAAUUCACUGUGUGGUUCUGGGAAAAUGGUUCCCCCACUCUGUGCCUCAGUUUCCUUGUGUUUACAAAACUAACCCCAUGACUAUUUAUUAAGCACCUAUUGUGUGCCAAGUGCUUUUAUUCGUCGCUUCUCCCUCAGCCAGCCUUGGGAAGGCUGGAAGUGGUCUUAUCCCCGUUUUACAGACAAAAAGCUGAGGCCUGGCCAAGGUGGAGACAUCCCAGGAUGACCUGAGUCGUGCAGCCAGGCCCUGUCUUGAGCAUUGUUGCAAGGGAGCUGGAUCAGAUAAGUCUGGUGUCAGAUACAGCUGACUCCAACCGCAGCCCACACCCUCACCCCAUGCUGGGUGACCCACUGGGCAUGGGCAUCUCAGACCUCCAUACUCCAUAGGGAGGUCAGGCAAGAUGGCCGUGCCUUGCAUGGUAAGGGCACUUUCCACGCACGGCAGCCACUCUGCAUCCAUCCAGACACCCACCCAGCCCUGCCUGGUACUGGAGCUAGACCUAGGCUGUGCAUGACUUCCAUUCCCAAGCUGACUGAAUAAAAGCCCACAUUUACAAAGAGGA